AUGUUUUUCACUUUAUUUUCAUUAUCAAUUCAAUCACGUGUUAUAGGUAUUGAUUUAGGAACAACGUUUUCUGUUGUCGGCAUCUAUAAAAACGGUGAAGUUGAAAUCAUUCCAAAUGAAAUUAAUAAAAAGAUCACUCCUUCUGUAGUUUCUUAUUACAAUGGAAGUCGUGUCGUUGGUGAUUCUGCGGUACGUCUUGGAACUAUCAGUCCUGAAACAACAGUUUUCGCUGUUAAGCGUCUAAUUGGAAGGAAAUUCUCUGAUCCUAUUGUUCAACAAGAGAUGCACAGAGUUCCAUUCACAAUAGUUGAGCGUGAUGAAAGACCAUAUAUCAAGAUAUCAACAGAAGAAGAAGAUACCCUCAUUUCACCUGAAGAAAUCUCAGCCCUUGUCCUCAAGAAACUCAAGCAACAAGCAGAACUCUAUCUCAAUGAAACAAUUCAUGAAGCUGUUAUUACUGUUCCCGCUUACUUUAAUGAAGAUCAACGUAAAGCAACAAUAACAGCUGGUCAAAUCGCAGGUUUAAAGGUCGAUCGUAUUAUCUCAGAGCCAACAGCAGCAGCUCUUGCAUACGGUCUUAACAAAGAAGAUGAAAAAUACGUAAUUGUUUACGAUCUUGGUGGUGGAACAUUCGAUGUUUCAUUACUAACACUCGAUAAAGACUACUUCCAAGUCGUUGCUACAGGUGGCGACACUCAUCUUGGCGGAGAAGACUUUGAUGAGAUGUGUGUCCAACAAAUGAUCACUAGAUUCAUGAAUGCUACUGGAUCUGAUUGUUCAAGAGAUCCUAUUGCCCUUGCAAGGCUAAAAAAGAGCUGUGAAGCCGCGAAAAUCAGACUUUCGGACGAAUUAGAAACCGAAAUUGAAAUUCCGAACUUUUUCGAAGGCCAAGACCUCAAAGAAACAUAUACUCGCAAGCAAUUCAACGACAACAUCGAAGAACUACUCCAAAAGACCCUCAGAACUAUCCAAGGAGUCAUAGACGAUGCAAAUCUUACAAAAGAAGACAUUUCCGAUGUUGUCAUGAUUGGCGGAUCAACACGAAGUCCGAGAGUGAGAGAAAUAGUUUCUGAGUAUUUCGGAGGCAAGAAACUCUGCACUGAAAUCAAUCCUGAUGAAGCAGUUGCUUAUGGAGCAGCAAUUCAAGGCGAAAUCAUUUCUUCAGAGAAUUUCGAUGUCGUUGUUGUAGAUGUUUAUCCAUUGACUCUUGGUGUUGAAACAAGAGGUGGAUUGAUGUCUCCUAUCAUCAAAAGGAACACAAGGAUUCCUUGCAGAAGGACAAAAACAUAUACAACACCUUACGAUGACGCAGCAGGAGCAAGAAUCGAAAUUUUCGAAGGAGAAAGACCUUUGACAAGAGAUAACAGACCUUUGGGAAUUUUCGAAUUGCACAAUCUCCCGAGAGCUGCAAGAGGACAACUACAAAUAGACGUGACAUUUGAAAUCGAUGCAAACGCGAUUUUAACUGUAACAGCUCAAGAAAUGUCUACGAAAUCGAUGGAUCAAAUUCAAAUUGAUACAUUGGACAUGGUUCUUCCACAAGAAGAAAUUGACGACGCAAUAGAAAAGGCAAAGAUCUUCUCUGAAGAAGAUGCUGCUGAUAGAGCAAGAGUUGUUGCAAGAGUUGAGUUUGAACACUCUAUUGAUGACGUGUCGAAUCAAUUGGAAAGUGAAAAAGACAAUCCAAUGCUUGGAAAAACUAUUUACAAUGAAUACAAAGAUAAAAUUAAGGCUCUCAGAAAGUGGAUUGACGAACAUCCAAUGGAAGAACCUCACGUAUACGAAGAGAAGGGUGAAAACCUUCGUGUAGAAUUCGCUUUCUUAUUCCACCGCGGACAACUCGCUGAUUUAUAA